AUGGGCACACCUCUCAAGCCUGUCCAGAUCCCUCUGGAUGACGCCCUUUCCCUCAGCUGCACUCAGCUUGGUACCAUCAGUAAAACUGCUGAGGGUGCGCUCGAUCCCACUGUCCAUGCUGCCUACAAAGAUGCUCAGAGCAGCCCCUUGCUGUGCUCCCUCUUUGACACCCCGAGGAUUCUGUACUCUGCCAUUCGUCGACACUGCAGCCCAGGCUGCCCUGUGCUCCCUGUCACCCCGCAGCCCCCGCUUGGUGAGGACGGAAUCCGGUACGGCGCCUUUCUUACUACAAAAGGAGCGUCCUCUUUCAGGAUUACUCGUGGCAUUGAAGCUGUUGGAGGCAGCCUAAGCGUGUACUCAACGAGAGAGAAGAUGACGUACUGUGUGGAAUGCCUGCGUGACCACGUUGACACCGUAAUGGAGUACCUCCUUAAUGUCACCACGGCUCCGGAGUUCAGACCGUGGGAAGUCACUGAUCUUCAGCCCCAGCUGAAAGUUGACAAAGCGAUCGCGUUUCAGAGCCCUCAAGUUGGAGUGCUGGAAAACUUGCAUGCUGCAGCUUACAAGACUGCUCUGGCAAACCCCUUGUACUGCCCAGACUACAGAAUUGGAAAAAUUACAUCCGAGCAGCUUCACCAUUUUGUACAGAACAACUUCACAAGCGCGCGAAUGGCCCUCGUGGGAAUAGGUGUGAAGCACUCCGACUUGAAGCAAGUCGCAGAGCAGUUUCUAAAUAUCCGAAGCGGAGCCGGCACUUCCAGCGCAAAGGCCGCCUACCGAGGGGGAGAAAUCCGAGAACAGAGUGGCCACAGCCUUGUCCAUGCUGCUGUUGUAACAGAAGGAGCUGCUGUUGGAAGUGCAGAAGCAAAUGCUUUCAGUGUCCUGCAGCACGUCUUGGGUGCUGGACCACUUAUCAAGAGGGGAAGCAAUGUUACCAGCAAGCUGUACCAGGGCAUUGCCAAAGCAACCACGCAGCCUUUUGAUGCUUCUGCAUUUAAUGUGAAUUACUCGGAUUCUGGGCUCUUUGGGUUUUAUGCCGUAUCUCAGGCUGCACACGCAGGGGAGGUCAUCAGAGCUGCUAUGAACCAGCUGAAGGCAGCUGCUCAGGGCGGUGUCACGGAGGAGGAUGUCACAAAGGCAAAGAAUCAGCUGAAGGCUGCCUAUCUGAUGUCCGUGGAGACAGCGCAAGGGCUGCUGAACGAGAUCGGCUCCGAGGCGCUGCUGUCCGGCACACACACUGCGCCUGCUGUGGUCGCUCAGAAGAUCGACUCUGUAACCUCUGCUGAUGUUGUGAAUGCUGCGAAGAAGUUUGUCAGCGGGAAGAAAUCGAUGGCAGCCAGUGGAGAUCUGGGCAAUACUCCCUUCCUUGAUGAGCUGUAAAAACAAAGCUGGGAUGUGGAUUCAGGAUAGGCCUGACUAUCGGUCACCUGUGCUUAAAGAAAUUACUAACUUGUUAUUUAUGAAUUCAGUUAUUGGAGAAAAUGAAUGGAGUAACUGUGGGCUUGCACUGAUCAAAUAAAGUGCUGAGUUCAUAC